AUGGCGCACUCACAUCUCCGCGCCUCUUCGCAAUCGCGCUCGCCCUCCCGCCCAUCCUCUUCUGACUACGCCAAAGGCGAGACUGAGAAAUUUCCUGACUUCGACUCGCAAGCCUUUCCCAGCCUAAACGGCCAAACACCGUCCGUCCCUCGCUGGCAACAAAACGGCUACCUCAAUGGUAACGGCAGCAUUCCCAACAUAUCGCAACCUCCUCCCGACCGCUGGCAUGCCCGCCGCGAUAGCCGCGUACGCUGGGCCCCAGGCUCCUCAUCGUCUUUCGGCCACGGUCGCAAAAGCAGUAUCAGCAAUGCUCUGCACCGCCUGCGGUCGGGUAGCAUGUCGCAAAACGCACACGACCUGGCCGACGCGCUACGCGCGCCCUUCUCCUGGAAGCUUAUCGUACUGUGCCUCAUGUGGUACUGGUCGUCCGCCCUGACCAACACCUCGUCCAAGGCGAUCCUGACCGCCUUCGACAAGCCGGCGACGCUGACGCUCGUGCAGUUCGGCUUCGUAUCGUCGUACUGCAUCCUCUUCUCCUGGCUAGCGUCCGUCUUUCCUCGUCUGCGCACCGCGAUCCCGGCUCUGAAAUACCCCAUUCGCCAUCCCUCGAAGGAUGUCAUCCGUACGACGCUCCCGCUCGCUUUGUUCCAAAUCGGAGGGCACCUUCUUUCCUCCAGCGCGACAUCCAAGAUCCCCGUGUCCCUAGUCCACACCAUUAAGGGCCUCUCCCCGUUGUUCACGGUCCUAGCCUACCGCAUCUUCUUCGACAUCCGCUACCCAACCUCCACCUACCUCAGCCUAAUCCCCCUCACUAUAGGUGUCAUGCUCGCCUGCAGCGGUAACCACCAAUUCGGAGGCCAAUUCCUCGGCAUCAUCUACGCCCUGUUGGCAGCCAUAAUUUUCGUCACCCAAAACAUCUUCUCCAAGCGGCUCUUCAACGAAGCCGCACGCGCGGAAGCCGAAUCCGGCCCGAACGGCCCCCUACCCCGCAAACUCGACAAGCUCAAUCUCUUGUGCUACUCCUCCGGCCUCGCCUUUUUGUUAACUGGUCCUAUCUGGUUCUGGACCGAAGGCCUCGAUAUCCUAGGCGACUUUCUCUGGGACGGCAGCGUCGAUCUCAACCAGGCGCCCAAUUCCUUGGACCACGGUCCUCUGGUGUUGGAGUAUAUCUUUAACGGGACGUUCCAUUUCGGGCAGAACAUCCUCGCGUUUAUACUUCUGUCGAUGGUCUCUCCCGUGACAUACUCCGUCGCGUCCCUCAUCAAGCGCGUUUUCGUAAUCAUCAUCGCAAUCCUCUGGUUCCGCUCGCCGACGACGAAGGUCCAAGCUUUAGGCAUCGCCCUCACCUUUCUGGGGCUGUACCUCUACGAUCGGAGUAGCGCUAAGAACAAGGCCGAUCAGCGCGCCCGCGCGCUGUCUGCCUCCUCCAAAGCCGCCGCUGCCGCACCGAUCCUCCCCCUUUCAACAAAGCACAUCCCCGUGCCCUCCAUCUCCUCCUCAUCCGCUUUCGGUGUUGGUGCCUACGGACAUGGAGGCCAUCAGCGUCGCCCGUCGGCUCUGAAUAACGUCAGCCAUAAUUCAGAUGGGUCGGGCUCUGGAUCGGGGUCGGGGUAUUAUUAUACCACCCCCGGCAGCGCGGCAGCAGCCAAGUUUUCUUCGGGAGCGGGAGGUAUUGUUGAUACUAAAAAAAACGGACGAUGUGACCAGGGCGGGGGGAGACAGAGGGGGAUGAGUAAUGCUCAUGCCCCCCUGCCGCCGGUGGGGAGUAGGCAGGAGGAAAGUUGGAGGGUGGGGGAUGGGAAGGAAAUAAGGGAGAAGGGGGAUUGA